UAAUUUCAAAUCGAGUCUUAUUCGAGUUCUUGACGUGGUCAAUCUAGUCUUGCAAAACAUGAAGAUUGCAUGGAACUUGGCAUUUAUUUUUGUCCAUUUUGGCUUGUCGCAAGCCAACUGUAAAGACGGAUGGACACUUUUGAAAGGUUAUGGGUGCUACUUUUUUGACGGAGAAGAAUCUUUGACUUGGGAAGAGGCACGAGAAUUUUGCCUGACCCAAGACGGAUCUCUGGUCCAGAUUGAAAGCGAGACUGAAGAAGUGCUUAUAGUGCGGGAGGCCCAUAAAAGAGACUUGGAUUAUUGGAUUGGUCUCUCGGAUUCAGUGGCCGAGGAUCAUUUUGUGUGGAACGUGACCGGAGAGGAGUUGGGUUUUGACUCUUGGGCCGAAAAUGAGCCGGCUGGCAAUGAGAAUCAAAACUGCGUGGCAGCACUAGCAAACAACACAUAUUUCUGGAAAGAGGACGACUGUGAUCUGCGUUAUCGUCCCUUGUGCUUUGGACCAGAGCUGGUUAACCCCUGUGCAGAGGGCUUAACCUACAUUGCAGCUGCUGAUAUGUGCAUUCUACUGGGAGGAGUUGGAACAAUGUCUUGGCAACAGGGUCAGAACUACUGCAAAAAUUCUGGAGGUCGAUUGAUCGAGGUAUAUGACGAAGGCAUCGAAAAUGCUGUUCGAUCGUCGAUUCUAAGCAAUGGGAUUUUCGAGCAAGGCCUAUGGAUGGGGCUGCAAGACUUUGCCAAUGAGGGAGAGUUCAUUUGGGAUGAUUCCGGCCUCAAAGCGGAUUACUUCGAUUGGGACGGUAUUCAGCCGGAUAGUGGAACAAUUGGAAACUGUGUAGUGUUCUACGGAAGCGAGUACAAGUG